UAUGCUUCAGUCACUUACAAGUCGCUCCAAUGUGGUGAGCGCAUGUCGAAAACGCGCGAAACGGGCAAAAUAACUAAAAAAAAAAAAACAAGAAAUGAUUUCAAAUGAGGUUAUUCACAAUUUUGAAAAUAAAACGUCAAACGGUGACAAGGUCAAUGGCCAUCAAAAUGGUGAAGUUAAUACUAAAUUAGCGGCUAGGGUUAAGAAAACGAAAAGUUUUAUGGAAUUAACGGGGAAUAGUGCUAAUAGUUCAGUGAAAAAUGUCAGCGGCAAUGAGAGGAGAGUGUAUGUGUUGUAUACCGGUGGUACCAUUGGGAUGAUCAAAAACAAUGAGGGAGUUCUCAUACCUCAGAAAGGAAUCUUCGAGAACAUGAUACGUUCCUACCCGCAGCUGCACGACGCUGUGUAUUGGAAACAGAGACUUAGCCGACCAGAUUUCGAUUCAUCAUUUUUAGUAUUACCUGAAUCAAAAGACUUAGAUCUGAGGAUAUUGUACAAAAUCUCUGAAUGUAAAGAACUGCUGGAUUCAUCCAACAUGACAGAGGCGGAGUGGGUCCUGAUUGCUGAGGAUGUCAUGAAACACUACAACUCUUAUGAUGGAUUUGUGGUACUCCACGGCACCGACACUUUGUCGUACACGGCUUCAGCUCUGUCAUUCAUGUUUGAGAAUAUUGGAAAAUGCGUUAUAUUGACUGGGGCACAGAUACCGAUAUUUGAGCCCCGAAGUGAUGGGACAGACAAUUUCGUGUCAUCACUCCUGAUCGCUGGUGGUCUGAAUAUCCCAGAAGUGACUGUAUUCUUCGGCAGCAAACUCUAUAGGGGCAACAGGACUCGUAAGAUCUCAGCACACAAUCUCUACGCCUUCGACUCUCCCAACUGUGUGCCCUUAGUCGAGGUCGGUCUGGACUUCGAAAUUAACAAGCGGGCGAUCUUCAAGCCCACGUCAAUCCAGAAAUGCCACCUACAUGCCAAGAUGAGCAAGAACGUCGGCAUGCUGACCAUCUUCCCCAGUAUCAGCCUUGCUGUCGUCAAGGCAUUCUUUCAGCCACCCAUUGAAGGUGUGGUACUAUCUACAUACGGAGCAGGAAACAUCCCGACGAACAGGGCAGACGUGUUUGAAGAAAUAUCAGCAGCGGUGAGAAGAGGGGUUGUGGUGGUGAACAUUACUCAGUGUGCCACUGGGUCGGUGGUCGCGCCGAUCUAUGAAACUGGUAAACUCCUGGCGGGCUGGGGUGUCAUAUCAGGGUAUGACAUGACCCCUGAAGCGGCUCUGACCAAACUCUCGUACGUGCUCUCUAAAACGGCACUCAGCUAUAAAGAGAAAGUUGAGAUGAUGUACACAAAUAUACGAGGAGAACUGACCAACACAUCACCUAUAGCGCCAGAGGACAGUACACUAGUGGACGCCUUGGCCACUAGCCUCAAUAUUCAGUCUCCGAAGGUGCUGAUCGAGGUCACAGAGAAAGUGUUUAGUGCUCUGCUGACUAACGCCAUAGAAAGGGACGAUGAGAGAGGAGUCAAGAAAAUGCUCGACAUGGGAGCAGAUAUCAACGCACAGAGUACAGAAGGCAGGGCGGCACUCCACAUAGCAAUCGACAGAGGGAACAAAACAAUGGUCGAAUUUUUGAUGAAGAACGGUGCAAAUGUACACCUUAGAACUAGGCAGUCUUGUGUUCAAGUUUAGAAACGACCAAGUUGUUACUAAACAAAGGUGCUAGGGUCGAUGUCAAAGAUGUGAUGGACUCCACUCCUCUGGACUACGCGAAGAAGCUCAAGCUAAAUGACAUAGUUAAAUUCAUAGAACGCAUAUGAAAUAAAUUGUUGUACAUUGUAUCUGUAAUUAAUAUAAAGUGAGAUUCAGGCCUCGCAGGAGUAAAUUAACUGAGUCGACGAAGCCAGAGGUGACAGAAGCGCGUUGGAAAAGGCGACAAAGAGAUCUUGAGGAUUGUGUACAAACCUCGCGAUCGCACGUGAAUUAAUAAUCUUUAUUGUAUUAAACAUGGUAUUUUUUGUGGGUAGGUAAAUAAACACAUAGGUGGUAAACAAUCACAUGUUAUGCUUCAUCACUGACAUGCGAGAGACAAUAUUUAACAAAGGCUUUGAAUAUUUUUCUUUUAUCUAUGGUCUUUGUCGUCUACCGCCGCAUCUCUGUAUCUCGAGGAUUCAUUUAAAAAGUCGUAAUACAUAGUUUUAUAACUGAAUAACAUCCAUACUUCCAUACCAAUAUCAUAAAAUCGAAAGUCUGUAACGCUUUCACGGCUAAACGCCUAGGUCGAUUUUGAUGAAAAUUGGAAUAGAUGACUAUUGAUAAAUUUAUAAUUGCUGUGAACGAUAGUAAAAUUACAAUCAACAAUUUUAAUGUUUCAACUUUGUAAACAUUUUGUGAAUAGGCUUGUUUUUAUCCCAGUCCCUCUUACUUACCUAUAAUUCUGUGCUGUAAAAGCCUAAAUUGAUCUGAUUUGAGUGUACAACACUUUGUUUCAUAGGCUACAGAUUAAUUAGACAAUUGUUAUAAAAAUCUGGUUUAUUUAUUUAAUAAUUUAUUAUCAACAAUCAUAAUUAACCAUAAAAUACUGAAACAUAUGUGUAAAAAUAUACAUAAUUUAUUUGUAAAAGUUUAUGAGAAUAAAUCGAAUGUUUUGGUAAGCAA